AUGGGAGCGUUUGACCAGAUGAGCUGGGCGGCAUUGGCUGGCGGGAAGCGAGGCGGAGAAAAGGAGGAAGAGGCAGAUCUGAAUCCAGAAAGUAUUUCAAGUGAUGGCCUUGGCAGUUCAGGUUCUGACGUGGAAGAAGAGGCAGGUUUUGUCUCCCUAGCUUCCUUGGGAACGAGCUCAGAGUUUGUUGUGCUGGAGCAGCAGCAGCAGCAGCAGCAGCAGCAGCAGCAGCAGCAGGCGGAAGUGGUUGAGGUUUCCGCGGGAGAAGAGGCAGGCGUGGUUGCGGAGAAGCAGGCUGUAACGAGCGCAGCCGAGCUGGUUACGCAGCAGCGAUGGGAUGCGAGUGCUACGGAGCAAGAAGGUGCUGUGGCUGCUGCAGCCGGUGCGGUCGGUGUGGAUGGGAAGGAAGGCGGCGAGGAGAUCUCUUUGACUUCUAAUGGGAGCGGUGCAGUGGAGGUUUGUGAUGCUGCUGACGUGGCAGCUGCUGACGUGGAAGCUGCUGACGUGGAAGCUGCUGACGUGGAAGCUGCUGACGUGGAAGCUGCUGACGCUUCUUCUGAAGAGGGUGCGGCUGAUAUCGCAGAGCUAGCAGCGCGUGACUGCUCUUCUACGUCAGCAGCUGUCUGCCCUGCCGACGCAGCUGUCACUGCCACUGCCACAACUGCCACCACUGCUGAGCAAGAGGCUGUAGCGCCAGUGGAACCUAGCGCUACAGCCGACCUUGCUGCAGCUACAGCCGCCACUGCUACAGCUGAUGAGGUGGGGGAGGCAAGGGUUCUUUCAGGGGCGGAGGAGGAGAUGGUGUGGGAGGCAGAGCAGGGGGAGCAGCAGCUUAAAUCCGAGGCUACAGAUGAUGCUACAGCCGGGGGAACGGGUGGAGGGAUGGGCGGAAGCAUGGGCGGAAGCAUGGGCGGAAGCAUGGGCGGAGGCAUGGGCGGAGGCAUGGGCGGAGGCAUGGGCGGAGGCAUGGGCGGAGGCAUGGGCGGAGGCAUGGGCGGAGCCAUGAUCGGAGCCAUGGGCGGACAUAGCCCCGUGGGGAUGGCGCAGAUGGUGGCGGUGGGGGAUGUGCUGGUGGCGGUGGGGGGCGAUGGGGAGGAGGAGGGGGUCGUACAGGGAGCAACGGGGUCGCCAGGAGGGUACGGGCGGUACAACGCGUUCAAGCCCGUGGUGGUGAGAGAGGGAUCAGAGCAGCAAGUGGUGCUGACGCCAGUCAAGCGCUCCAGCCGCCUGCGCAUGGCCGUCAGUGGCGCCACUCCCUCUGUCAGUGGCUUCUCUCAACCCACCAGCAGCUACGCUGGAGGGGGAAUCAACCAUGGUGUCGUCAACCGGCCUUGA